GCACUUUCAUUACAACCAUAUUUUAAUAACACUACGAAGUAUAAUACCUCAGUGAAUUUAAGGACCGCAUUUGUUUUGUUAUCACUGUUCCCAUUCGCCCCCAUUCCCAUUUUGUGUGCAUGUUAACUUAAGCGCAUGAGGAAGUUCAAAACCGCUACGUCUGCAGCAGGAGUGAAGAAGGGGGCGUUGUGAAUGUGGUUGUGGAUGGAAGACAGAAGAAAAUUACUGCUAACCUUUGAACCUCCUUCCUUUGUUAUCACAAAAAAUCACGGGACAGUCACCGCUCGUAAAGACAGUCAUGGAGACCUGACACAGAAAGCCUGUUUGAGGAACAUGUGAUUGUUCAGAGAGCAGAAAAGCUGCCUGCGAGUCGAGCAAACGAAAGAAAACGGUUUUCCCGGAUGUGCUUUCUGACUGAUAUUUAAUUUCGAGAUUCAUACUUGAUUGCGAAACUUUCUGGUACAGAAAGUAACUUUCCGGAUUAGUAAUCCAUGGGAUAUUAAUCAGAAAAUCUUUUAAUCCACAUCAGAAAGCUUGAAUUUGGACCCUCUGAUGAUUUAUUGGUCUAAAAGAGAAACGUAAAACUUUCCAAUAAAAAUGACAUCAGUGCAUUUCAACCCUGGGUUAGAUUCCAAGGAAGUUAAUGGCAGUAAUGGGGUGAAAGAGGAGGCAGAGGUGCAGAUUGAUGAUGGAAAGGAAGAGACUGAGGACCCAGCCACCAUGUACCAUCGUAUCCGGAAAACUAUAGCUCCUUUUGUGAUGUCUUUUGGUUUUCGUGUUUUUGGCCUGGUACUAAUCAUUGUGGAUAUUAUUCUGGUCAUUGUGGACUUUUCUCUUUCCAACGGUAGUCACGAUGUUAGAAGAGCAAUGGAGUCUGUUUCGCUUGUCAUCUCCUUCUUUUUCCUCAUUGAUGUGCUGCUCCGUGUAUACGUGGAAGGAUUCAAAGUGUAUUUCAGCUCAAUACUGAAUAUAAUAGAUGCUUGUAUUGUGGUCGUUACCCUGGUGGUCACCAUGAUCUACGCAUUCACCGAUCUCUCCGGAGCUAGCCUGAUUCCCAGGGUGGUCACGUUCCUGAGAUCUCUGAGGAUAUUGAUUCUGGUACGUGUCUUCAGACUGGCCUCUCAGAAGAAAGAGCUUGAAAAGGUCACCAGGAGAAUGGUGUCCGAGAACAAAAGACGGUACCAAAAAGAUGGAUUUGAUCUGGACCUCACUUAUGUCACAGAAAGAGUCAUUGCCAUGUCUUUUCCAUCGUCUGGGAAGCAGGCGCUCUAUAGAAACCCAAUCAGAGAGGUCGCUAGAUUCCUGGACACCAAACAUCUGGAUCACUACAAGGUGUUUAACCUCUGUAGUGAGAAGGGUUACGAUCCAAAGUUCUUUCACUAUAGAGUGGAGCGUGUUAUGAUAGAUGACCAUAAUGUGCCGUCACUCCAUGAUAUGCUGCGGUACACGGCCUGUGUUAGGGAGUGGAUGGCAGCAGACUCCAGCAAUGUGAUCGCCAUCCAUUGCAAAGGAGGAAAAGGGCGGACUGGGACUAUGGUGUGCACGUGGCUCAUCGACAGCGAUCAGUUUGAGAGUGCGCAGGAGAGUUUGGACUACUUUGGGGAGAGACGGACUGAUAAAAGUAUGAGUUCGAAGUUCCAGGGUGUUGAAACUCCCUCACAGAGUAGGUACGUCGGUUAUUAUGAGAUCAUGAAGAACCAAUACAACCGUCAGCUACCACCUCAGAAGAGCCUGAAAAUAAAGAGCAUUCGAAUCCACUCCAUCGCAGGUGUAGGGAAGGGGAAUGGGAGCGACCUGAAGGUGAAGAUCAUAGUGAAGCGAGAGCUCGUCUUACAGUGUGUUUGUGCCAAACAGCAGAACUGUGCGGUGUUUCCUGACACCGGUAACAAUGCGGUGGUCAUCAGUUUACAGGAAGGGCCUGUUGUGACUGGAGAUGUGAAGGUCAUGUUUGAGUCCAGUGCUGGUUUGCCAAAGGGUUACGAGGACUGUCCUUUCUAUUUCUGGUUUAACACCUCUUUUGUUGAGAACAACAGCUUGUAUCUCUCGAGGGAGGAGCUGGACAAUCCACACAAAUCAAAGACCUGGGACAUCUAUAAGGAGGACUUCGGAGUGACGUUGUAUUUCACAGACCCUUGAGAAGAAAAUUCUCUGACAGUGGAUAUUGUUUACUAUUCUUGUCCUUUCGUAUAAGUAGAUAUAUCUCUUGAGGUAUACUUACAAUAAGCUGCAAACUGAAGCCAAUGUAAACACUCCACAUAAAUCUACAGAUAUAUAAGAUUUGAAUGUGAUGUGUAAAAAAUGUCAUUGUAUUUCCAUGGUUGUUUUUGUGUGCAAAAAAUGUAUUGGAAAUUCUUUGUUUUUGUACUGUGGUUCUGUUUAUCUUUGGCAGCAGUUAAAAUUAUUCUGUGAAAGAAAUGAUUCAAAAAAGUAUUUACAUAUCAAACACCUGCUUCCAUGGAAAAUAUGUUUAAAUAUUUGUUGAGUACAUACUGUCAUCAGGCAUGAUCUACUGACUCCUAGUGGUUCUGUCUUGCACUGCGUCACAUUUGACAUGAGUGGGAUGCUUGUAUUCAGUGAAACCUAUAAUGUAUUUUCAGCUUGUUCCUAUAAUGUAGCUGUUAUCCUCAACAUUUAAAUAGAAAAGAGUUCUUUCUGGUUUAAGUUUUGAAUUCUUUAGAAUAUUUAUAUUUGAUAAAGCUUGGUAACGGAGGUCUACUCUGUAUUUGUAAAUUGAAUGCCAUAUCAAUUAAU